AGCUUCUUUCGCAACAUCCAACAACCGGUCGCGACAACAGGGUCCAGGCGAACGAGCCCGCUUACGAAGACGAAACUCCCCCGCCGAGCUCGAGCUCAAUCCCUCUCCCUCCUCGUCGCGAAAGCAUGGUCUUGGAGCGAUGCAGGCCUACACCGAGCUCGCGGCUCCCUCAGCCGUCUCCCACUCCCUGAGCCUGCCGCUCACGUCCGCCACGGCCGCCAACCUGGUCGUCGCAAAGGGUUCGCUGCUCCAGAUCUUCGCCACAAAGGCCAUCUCCGCCGAGCUCGACGCCCAGAACCCGCCGCCGCAGCUGGCCAAGCUCGAACCCGAGUUCGACCUCCGCGCAAACGACGAUGACGGCCUCGAGUCGUCCUUCCUCGGCGGCGGGGAGUCGAUGCUGGUGCGCACCGAUCGGACAAACAACACCAAGCUCGUGCUCGUUGCCGAGAUCCCGCUUGCCGGCGCCGUCAUAGGCCUGGCGAGGCUCAAGACCAAGAACACCAAGUCGGGAGGCGAGGCGCUCCUGCUGGCGUACAAGGCGGCCAAGAUGUGCCUUGCCGAGUGGGAUCCUAAAAAGAACACGCUGGAGACCAUCUCAAUACACUACUACGAAAAGGACGACCUGCACGGCGCGCCGUGGGAGGUGCCCUUUGGCGAGCAUGUCAACUACCUCCAGGCCGACCCCGGGAGCAGGUGCGCGGCCUUCAAGUUCGGCUCGCGAAACCUCGCCAUCCUCCCGUUCCGGCAGUCGGAAGAGGACUUGGAGAUGGACGAUUGGGAUGAGGAUCUCGACGGCCCGCGGCCCGUCAAGGCGCCCACUGCAGUCGCCAAUGGAGAUAGCGACAGUCUAGAAGCAGCGUAUACACCGUCUUUUGUCCUUCGUCUCCCUCUGCUAGAUCCCAGCCUGCUCCACCCCGUGCACCUCGCCUUUCUGCAUGAGUAUAGAGAGCCUACCUUUGGCAUUCUCUCGUCCAGCCAAUCGACCGCGCACUCGUUUGGCCAGAAGGACCACCUCACAUACAAGGUCUUUACUCUGGACCUGCAGCAACGCGCCUCGACGACUAUUCUCUCCGUCACCGACCUCCCCCGGGACCUGUACCAGGUUAUUGCCCUGCCUACGCCUGUGGGAGGAGCUUUGCUGGUUGGCCAGAAUGAGCUGAUCCACGUCGAUCAGUCAGGAAAGGCCAAUGGUGUGGCUGUCAACUCUAUGGCGAGGUUGAUGACCUCUUUCAGCUUGACUGACCAGUCCGACCUAAACCUACGCUUGGAGGGAUGUGCCAUUGAACAGCUAUACAUCGAGAACGGAGAACUUCUUCUUGUCUUGAACGAUGGCCGACUUGGCAUUGUGUCUUUCCGAAUCGACGGCCGCACCGUAUCCGGCAUCACCAUCAAGAUGAUUCCCACAGAGAGUGGGGGCACCCUCAUAAAGAGCCGUGCUUCCUGUAUAUCAAAGCUGGGCAAGAACUCCUUCUUCGUGGGAAGCGAGACUGGCGACUCUGUCGUCUUGGGCUGGUCAAGGAAACAAGGACAGGAGAAACGCCGCAAGGCUCGAGUCAUCGAUGCAGACUUGGCACUAGAUGUGGACGAUCUCGAUCUCGAUGACGAGGACGACGAAGACGAUGACCUGUAUGGCACGGAAUCGGCCGCCACAAAACCUGCUCAAGUUCUCAACGGCACUGGAAAAUCGGGCGAGCUGAGCUUCCGCAUUCAUGAUACCCUUCUUAGCAUCGCCCCGAUCCAGGACUUCACCUGCGGCAAGGCGUCGUUUCUUCCCGACAGCGAAGAAGCGACCUUGUCUCAGGGCGUCGUCGCUGAAUUGCAGCUCGGCUUGGCCGUCGGUCGCGGAAGCGCAGGCUCCCUUGCGGUCGUGAACCGCCACAUUCAGCCCAAGAUCAUUGGGCGCUUCGAGUUUCCCGAAGCACGAGGCUUCUGGACCAUGUCCGUGAAGAAGCCAAUUCCCAAGUCGCUCGGUGCCAAUGUCGCCGUGAACAGCGACUACGAGACGUUUGGGCAGUACGACAAGUUCAUGAUUGUGGCCAAGGUCGACCUGGACGGCUAUGAGACGUCAGAUGUCUAUGCGCUUACCGCCGCCGGGUUCGAGACGCUCAAGGAAACCGAGUUUGACCCCGCCGCUGGCUUCACGGUUGAGGCUGGUACGAUGGGCAAGAAGAUGAGGAUCAUCCAGGUGCUCAAGUCUGAAGUCCGAUCUUAUGACGGAGAUCUCGGUCUCGCCCAGAUCCUGCCUAUGCUGGACGAAGAGACAGGCGCAGAGCCCAGGGUCACAAGCGCAAGCAUUGCCGACCCUUACCUACUCCUCAUCCGAGAUGACAGUAGCAUCUUCAUCGCUCAGAUAGACAGCAACAACGAAAUCGAGGAGGUUGAAAAGACCAGCACUCUAUCGACUACCAAGUGGCAGGCUGGAUGCCUGCACACCGACACGCAGGGCACCUUCCAGCCUCUUGGGGGCGACAAAGGCGCGAGCACUGAGGACAAGGUCAUGAUGUUCCUACUAAGCUCGGCUGGAGCGCUUCAUAUCUACGCACUUCCUGACCUCUCAGAGCCGGUCUACGUCGCCGAAGGCUUGACUUAUAUCCCCCCCUUCCUCUCCCCCGAUUACACCCAUCGUCGAGGCAUGGCCCGCGAGACCCUCAGCGAGAUCAUGGUAGCUGAUCUCGGAGACUCCGUGUCCCAACAACCGUACCUAAUUCUCCGCAACUCAACCGACGACCUCACCAUCUACGAACCCCUCCGCAACCACUCCGAGGGCACCGAGCCCACGCUCAAAGCCACCCUCUCCUUCAAGAAGUCGGCCAACUCUACUCUGGCCGUGACCCCCGUCGAGGCUACAGGCGACGACGCCGUGCAGCAACCGCGGUUCGUUCCCCUCCGGGCAUGCGCCAACGUGGACGGCUACAGCACCGUCUUCCUGCCGGGCCCGUCGCCGAGCUUCGUCAUCAAGUCUAGCAAGAGCAUCCCCCGCGUCGUCGGCCUCCAGGGCCUCGGCGUGCGCGGCAUGAGCCCGUUCCACACCGAGGGUUGCGACAGGGGCUUCAUCUACGCCGACGACGAGGGCAUCGCCCGCGUCACGCAACUGCCCCCGGACACCAACUUCACCGAGCUGGGCCUGUCCGUCAAGAAGGUCCCGCUCGACGUCGACGUCCGCGGCAUCGCGUACCACCACCCCACGGGCGCGUACAUCGCCGGGUGCAUGGCGCCCGAGCCGUUCGAGCUGCCGCGCGACGACGACUACCACAAGGAGUGGGCCAAGGAGACGCUCGGGAUCCCGCCGACCAUGGCGCGCGGCGUGCUGAAGCUCGUCAGCCCCGUCAGCUGGACCGUCGUGCACGAGCUGGAGCUCGAGUCGUGCGAGUCCAUCGAGUGCAUGCGGACGCUGCACCUCGAGGUCUCGGAGGAGACCAAGGAGCGCCGCAUGCUGCUCGCCGUCGGCACCGCGCUCUCCAAGGGCGAGGACCUGCCGAUCCGCGGCCGCGUGCAUGUCUUCGACAUCGUCACCGUCAUCCCGGAGCCUGGCCGGCCCGAGACCAACAAGCGCCUCAAGCUCAUCGCGCGCGAGGACAUCCCGCGCGGCGGCGUCACGGCGCUGUCCGAGAUCGGCUCGCAGGGCCUCAUGCUCGUCGCCCAGGGCCAGAAGUGCAUGGUGCGCGGCCUCAAGGAGGACGGCUCGCUGCUGCCCGUGGCCUUUCUCGACAUGAGCUGCCACGUCGCCACGGCCCGCGAGCUGCCCCGGACCGGCUUGUGUCUCAUGGCCGACGCCUUCAAGGGCGUGUGGUUUGCCGGAUACACCGAGGAGCCGUACACGUUCAAGAUCCUCGGGAAGAGCAACGGCCGGCUGCCGCUUCUGGUGGCCGACUUCCUCCCCGAUGGCGACGACCUGGCCAUUGUUGCGUCAGACGCGGAUGGCGACCUGCACAUUCUCGACUUUAACCCAGACCAUCCCAAGUCUCUCCAAGGCCACCUCCUCCUCCACCGCACCACCUUCUCCGUAACGCCCAACAUCCCAUCCUCCACGCUCCUCCUCCCACGCACCCUCCCGCCCUCGCAUCCCGCCCCAGACUCGCCGCCGCACGUCCUCGUCCUCGCCUCGCCCUCGGGCCACCUCGCCGCCCUGACGCCGCUCCCCGAGACGACGUACCGCCGCCUCCUCUCCGUCACCAACCAGCUGCUGCCGGCCCUCACGCCCCACGGCGGCCUCAACGCAAAGGCCCACCGGCUCGGGGACGCCUCGCGCUACGUCGGCGUCGAGGCCGCUGCCGGACGCUCCAUCGUGGACGGCGCUGUGCUGGCGCGAUGGACCGAGCUGGCUGCUGCGAAGCGAGCUGAAAUCGCUGGUAAGGGUGGAUAUGAUGGUGUGGCUGAGCUGAGGGAUGAGCUGGAAGGUCUGUUGGGUUGGAGUGGGUUGGCGUACUUUUAACCGUGUCUUGUUCGAAUCCCAAUGGUUAUGCUGUUUUGUUCAGGGAGUCGAAAAGGUGCUUCAUGGAGCCACGUCAAGUUGGCUGCACUUGCGGCGGAGCGUGUAGGUUGCCUCAAAUUAGAGCUGGGUAAAAUACAAAUACAUGGAACUGCAAUUAUACAACUGCAAUGGACCUCUUG